AUGGGGCAGCUCAGGGCGGGGAUUAGAACCAACACAGCAAAUGGAGAGAGGCCGGUGUCAGGGCCUGAAGACGUCCCUCCACAUUCACACAGUUUGCCCCCCCCCCCCUGCCUCUCUCUUGUGUCCGUCUUGUCUCUAUUAGCGUGUAGCGUUCAGGUGUUAGUCGCCGUGCUGCUAACAUGUAGGUAUGGUGGGCGGAGCUCCGCGGAGGACAGGUGGAUCGUGCUGUGGCUCUUCUAUGACGUCAUCGUCCACCUGACGCUGGAAGGUCCGUUUGUGUACAUGUCUCUGGUUGGGACGGUGGAGACGUCUGAUGGUCUGCUAGCUGAACUCUGGAAGGAGUACGGUAAAGCUGACCGUCGUUGGCUGAUUUCUGAUCCGACCAUCGUCUCGAUAGAAAUUCUCACCGUCGUCCUCGGCUCUCUGCUGGCUUUACUUCUGAUACACGCCGUACUGAAGGACAAAUACUACAGACACUUCCUGCAGGUCGCUCUGAGCGUGUGCGAGCUGUACGGCGGCUGGAUGACGUUCUGUCCUGAUUGGCUGGCUGGCAGUCCUCACCUGGACACGUCCAGCUGGCUCUACCUGUGGGUCUACCUGGUCUUCUUUAACGGGCUCUGGGUCCUGGUCCCGUCAGUGCUGCUGGUCCAGUCCUGGAUCUCUCUGAGCAGACUGCACGCGCUUAGACCGGACGACGUAAACAAGAAGAGGACGUAGAGACGACAAAUGUUUUUUAUACGGGAUUCAUCUUUAGAUCAUCAACCAUCACCAAUCAAUCAACAUUAUUUAUUUUAAUUAAACGACUGCAAUCAUUUCAUAAAAACAGACUCGUGUUUUCACCUUUUUUAUGUCACACCAGACCCCAUCGAAAAAUCUGCUUCUUUAAGUUCAAACACACUAUCAAUCAUAUU